CAACUAGAAAAUGCACUUUAAUUUUAUAGAUGAUUAUUAUAGAGAUGGUAAAAAAGGGGGUAAGCAAUGAGCCAUGGAAAUUUUGUUCCCAAUUUGUUUCGGAUCUGUGUUGACAAACCCUAACCCUGAGGAGUAUGAGUGGUUACUGAGAUUGAGGAAUUGACGAAAAGGAAAGGAAAGGGGGAGAUGUACCUGAAGAAACCGCUAUGGAGUGAAACAGGGAAAGACGAUGGUGGAAGUGCAAAGACAGAAGAAGAGGAUCAUGGUGAUGGUGCAGUGAGUGAGGUCGUGAAGUCACUGCAGCAACAGAGAGUGUAUAGAGAAGUCACUCUUGCACUCAGAACUGGCCUCAGAGACGCGCGUGCCGAGUUCUCCUUUCUCCGUGUUCGCGCUCUCCGUUCCAUUCUCAAGUUCCUGCGUUCCGUUGCGGAGUCCGGUUCAACCAUCGACCUCUUUAACCAAACCCAAUCCAUUCCCCAACUCCAAGUGGUUCCGGUCUUGUUUCAUCACUCGCUCAAAGAAAGUGGGGAUGAUGAUUACAAUGAGAAGAAGAUCAAGGUAGGGGAUUUGAGUCAUAUAUUAUUUGGUGUUGAACCGAUGAAGUUGACGAGUCCAUCCACUGAUGCUGAAGUUGCGCUCGCUCUUAGAGUCUUGGAAGGGUGUUGUUUGCUUCACCCUCAGAGUACGGCUCUCGCCCAUCAACACAACGCUAUUCAGGUUUUAAUGAAUAUAUUAUCCACUCGUGGAGUGCUUGAGCAAGGUGCAUGCUUAGAUGCUCUAAUCUCAUUGAUGGUGGAUUCAUCAUCCAAUCAAAUGGAUUUCGAGAAAUGUAGUGGUAUCAUGGAAGUUGCUGACCUUCUAAGAGACAAACAACUGGAUGAAAAUCUCAGGUUAAAAUGUGGAGAGUUUUUGCUGCUGCUCAUUGGACAUGUCAAUGGAAGAGAUGCACCUCCUUUGGCAACUAUACAUGAAGAUACAAGGCGUCUUCUAGGGGAGAAAUCAGCCUCUUUGAUAUGGGCUGCUAGUCAGUUCGGCUCAACACUAGAUCCAGAGCAGAGACUAACAGCUCUUCAGAUCCAGGCUCGCAGGGUCCUUGAAUCAUUGGACUUGUACUAAAUUUUAAGGAUAGCAUCUGCAACUUUAGGCAAUUGUCAUCAUUGAUUUGAAAAAAUUUGCAGAGAAUGUGCUCCUUUUGGUUUUCGAUUUUUGUAUGUGUAUUCGCCUUUCUUAGCUACAAUAAUAAUUGCUGUUGCAAUCUGGUUAAGCUUUUACUAUUUUUAUUUUGAAGUUGUAUGCUUUUCUUCUAAAGCAACUAUUGAUGAAGGAAAGAAAGUGUGUAUUCGACUAAGUUCUUAACAUAA